AUGUUCCCCCCGCAUCAGGCAACUUACGGUCGCAACAGACAAUCCAUCGCCACCAUCGACGACCAGCUCCGCACAAUCUUCCUCGACCACCCAAAGUCCCACAUAAACGAUUCCGGAGAACCAGCUAUACCCGCAGACGCCCUCGUCGACAUAUUCCGCUCCUUCUCAGAUGUAUCCAACUCACCCUUACUCUCAGAGGAAGAACUCACGCUACUCAAGUCACUCCUGGCGGACAACCCAGGACUCGAAGUCACCCCACAAAUUCUCCUGCAAUUCAUAGCGGAGAAGACGAGGGCGAGUCCACCGCGCAGCCCGAACAGCGAUGACGACAUGCAGCUGCUGCCCACGAGGGGACGAGGCGAGGAGAGGGAUGACUAUAGCCAUUAUCAUCGGUCCUCGAGCAACGAGUCGAAUGGGACGUCGUAUUACCGUUCAUCGGGGAGCAGACCCUCUUCGCGUGGUCCGCAAACACCAAACAACCCAAAGUCGCCGUUUGAUACUGAGAGAAGACAGCGCUCGACACCUCUAGCUAAUAACGCCCCUUCAAGCUGGUCAAAAAGGCCUGCACCGGCGCAUAGAAGGAAAAGCGACGCAGGGAGCCGGAGUGAUUCCGAGGUGCCCCAUUUUUUUCCUGUUACUCUUCACGACGCGCCCACUCACCCAAUUAUUGUUACAGUCCGUCGGCCCACCAAGCUCAUUCAACAGAAGUACCAGCGGACGCGUUCGCGCACCAUCAAACCCCACUUCACCCUCCACAUCAUCCAACGACCUAAGCAGAAGCUUCUCCCCGAUCGCGGACGGACCUUCUCCCGGCCCCACUCCCGUGCCCAAUCCCAGCCGAUCAAUAACUAUGGAUACGACGAGCACGGGUACUCUUCGCCCGACGACAACAACCACACCCUCAACGCCUCCCGUUCAAAUCCAAGCGGCCUAUUCAUCGACUCCAUCUCUUCCCUUCCCAUGCCUCGUGCAAAUCGGAACGGGAACGGGAAUGGGAAUGGAGACGACUCGGACUCAGAUCCGGAGGAUUCGCUGUUAGGUCUUGUAAUGGACCGUUCGACGACGAGCUCGACGGUGUCGUUGGAGCCUUUGGAUCGACUCGACGCGCUGCAGAGGGCGAAUGCGGAUUUGAAUAGGAAGUGUAUGGAAGCUGAACGGACGUUGCAGCAUAAACUUUCUGAACAUGAGCUUGAGCUUGAGGAGAUGCAGAGUCGGCUUGAGGAAGUUAGGAGUGAGUUGGCGCAUACGAAGAGGGAGGAGAAGGAGUUGAGGUCGAAGGAUAUCAGCAGCAUGGAGCAAGAGAUAUCAAGGCUUAACAAGCAACUGGAACAUUCCCGCUCAACUUAUUCUAGUUUAAACAAGCAGUACCAAGAUCAAUGUGCCGCAUCCGAGAAAUACAGAGAUGAACUCCGUACACGAGAAGAACAACUGCGCACGCUAAAAGAAUCCGCCGCCUUACAAGAAGUAGAAGCGCUCAAAUACGCCAAAGAGCACGAAAACUACGAAGCGCGGAUCUUACAACUCGAAGCUGAUUUAUCCAUUGCACAACAGGCGCAUGAACAACUGGAUGAGCAGAAGCAUGAGAAUAUGUUGUUGAAGGAGACGAUUGAUAGGAUGAGGUUUGAUAUGGAUGAGAUGCGGAAUGCGGCUGUUGGUGGGGUGGUGGGGUAUGGUGUUCCGGGGAGUGCGCCGGGGAGUGUUAGUAAGAGUUUGGGUGCGGAGAUGUUGGGGAAGAUGAAGUGGUUGGGCGAGGAGGGGCAAGAUGAGGCGGAGGUUGGGGAUGUUGCUGCGGAGGGAGAGGGGGAGGAUGAUACGGAGGGUGAGGAGGAGGAGGAGAUUCAGACGAUUAUUACGAGGAAGAAGAGGAAAGUCGCAAGCCGCGCAAACGCACAAAAUUUCGAAAGGCGAGAAUUCGAAGAAGCGAAAGAUUAUUCGGACAGUUGCACGCAAUAUGAUCCUGUCCUCUUUGCCGUGUCACAUUCUACGCAGACGGACCCGGAGCCUAAAAUCCUCACUGUGUCGUUCAGCACGCAGACUGAGGACGUGCCUACCCGGAUAUUCGCCGUUCAGACGGAGUCUAGGCGUACGGCUGAGAUGGAGAUUCAGACGGACGAUAUCGUCAUUCUGAACGAAGUUUCGUCUGUGGAAGGCACCACCUCUUCGUCGUCUCCUGAACAACGUUCUCGAUCCCCUUCACCCCUCCCCUCAUCUUCAUCCUCCUCCUCAAUGACCAUCAUCCCCGGCACACCUAAACCCCAUGCCAAACAGCUCCUCGAAGACCAACCGCCCGCCUACGGGGACAUCACCACCUCUGACCAACAACAAGACAGGGAACGCCGGAUCGCCGCUGAGAUUUUACAAGAGUGGCAUCAAGGCGUGAAGAUCCCUUUCCAGCCUGUUGAAGGUGGGAUUUCGGAGGAGGCCGCGAGGGAGUGGCAGGCCCUGAAGGAGGAGUUGGGCGUGCAGUGUGCGGUUAUUGAUAAGAUUGUUGCGUCUUCUGAACGGGCUUCUUCUUCGAGGAAGGAUCAGAAGAGGCGAAGCAAGUUUUAUAAUAUCUAUAACACUUACGUUUAUGGCGGCGGCGACAAAUCCUCCUCCUCAAACUCCUACAACUCCGUGACGAUUGGGAUGGCGGGACAAGCGUUGAUGGUUGUGGGCGUAUCGGCGUUGGCGAUGCUCGUGAUGAGCCCGUACAUGGUCCCGCACUAUUCUGUUCCUGGGGGCGCGACGUAUUACGAUCGGACCGCGUGGCAUAGUUUUAAUUCAAUGCAGGCUGCUGGGGAGGGUUUUUCGCCUGAUGGGACUGCUGCUGUUUGGAAUUUCCUUGGGAGGGUUGGGGGUGGGGCUGCUAGGAUUGCUAGAGGGUGGCCGACAUAG